GCACACAAAACAGCAUGAUGCACAUUUUUGAAAGAACAGUCCUAAGAUUAGUAACAAGUGUCUAUUACUCCACGACGCGAUGAAACUCAAUUGCAAUCACAUUCUUGACUCUGCAACCUUACGAAUUUGGCGACUGAAGGUCUCAUUGGUGAGCUGGCUUUUAAUAGCGAGCCCUAGUCCAGCCCACUCUUCCUGGGGCAAAGAGCACCUGAAACACAGUCCAAGCAAGGGGCUUCCGGAUAUAACGGAGUCUUUACGCACAGACGCCUUAGUCAAAGCGUCACUACUUUUGCUUUUGUUGCUUGCUUAGCACUCUGAUCCAGCACAGUAAGCCCACACAGCUCAGCCUACGGCUCAGUCUAAGGACUGCAGAUAGGCAGCUGGCCACUAGAGGAUCUCUAACUUUUCCUACGAAACUGAGGGCUGAAGUCAAAGACACAAAAUGGUGGCCUCGUCUUUCGCUGUCCUGAGAGCAAGCAGGUUGUGCCAACGGGGUUGGAAGAGCUGGACGCAGCUGUCAGGUCCUCCGCCGCUCAGCACCGGUGGCCGGAGCACUUUUGCGCGGACAAAUGCUACACUGAGCCUGGAGCCCGGGAGCCGCAGCUGCUGGGACGAGCCGUUGAGCAUCACGGUACGCGGCCUGGCCCCCGAGCAGCCCGUCACGCUGCGCGCGGCCCUGCGUGACGAGAAGGGCGCGCUUUUCCGAGCCCACGCGCGCUACCGCGCCGACGCCGGUGGUGAGCUGGACCUGGCGCGCGCUCCCGCGCUGGGCGGCAGCUUCACGGGGCUCGAGCCCAUGGGGCUGAUCUGGGCCAUGGAGCCCGAACGGCCUCUCUGGCGCCUGGUCAAGCGCGACGUGCAGAAGCCUUAUGUGGUGGAGCUGGAGGUGCUGGACGGACACGAGCCCGACGGCGGGCAGCGGCUGGCACAGGCGGUGCACGAGCGUCACUUCAUGGCUCCAGGGGUGCGGCGCGUGCCCGUGCGCGAGGGCCGGGUGCGCGCCACGCUCUUCCUGCCCCCAGAACCUGGGCCCUUUCCUGGAAUCAUAGACCUUUUUGGAGUUGGAGGCGGCCUUCUGGAGUACCGGGCAAGUCUGCUGGCUGGGAAGGGCUUUGCCGUCAUGGCUCUGGCUUAUUACAACUAUGACGACCUCCCCAAGACCAUGGAAACCAUGCACAUUGAGUACUUUGAAGAAGCCAUGAACUACCUGCGUGGCCACCCUGAGGUAAAAGGACCAGGAAUUGGGCUGCUUGGGAUUUCCAAAGGGGGUGAACUUGGCCUUGCUAUGGCCUCCUUCCUGAAGGGCAUCACAGCUGCUGUUGUCAUCAAUGGCUCCGUGGCUGCUGUUGGGAACACCAUAUACUACAAGGAUGAGACUAUACCCCCUGUGUCCCUUCUGAGAGACAAAGUCAAAAUGACCAAAGAUGGUCUCUUGGACGUCGUGGAAGCUCUGCAAAGCCCUUUGGUAGACAAGAAGAGCUUCAUCCCUGUGGAAAGGUCUGACACGACCUUCCUGUUCCUCGUUGGUCAGGAUGACCACAACUGGAAGAGCGAGUUCUAUGCCAAUGAGAUCUCCAAACGCUUGCAGGCCCACGGGAAAGAGAAGCCCCAGAUCAUCUGCUACCCAGAAGCAGGGCACUAUAUCGAGCCCCCUUACUUCCCACUGUGCAGCGCUGGCAUGCACCUCCUGGUGGGUGCUAACAUCACCUUUGGAGGGCAGCCUAAGCCUCACUCUGUGGCCCAGUUGGAUGCAUGGCAGCAACUCCAGACUUUCUUCCACAAACAGUUGGGUGGUAAGAGUUAGGAGGUGUCUCCUAAAAUAUAACCUGUUAUGUGGUGGUUUGGGGAAAAACCCAAAUAUCAAAAUGCCACUUCAGUUUAGUUCAUUUGAACACAUACUAAUUUUUUUAAGUUUCUUCCUUCCUUCCUUUCUUCCUUCCUUCCUUCCUUCCUUCCUUUCUUUCUGUUUUUUUGUUUGUUUGUUUGUUUGUUUGUUUAUUUGAGACAGGGUUUGUCUGUGUACCCCUGGCUGGCCUGGAACUUGCUUUGUAGACCAGGGGCUAGGCCUGAAUUCUGAGGUUGGCCGGCCUCUGCCUCCUAAGUGCUGGCAGUAAAGCCACACCCAGCUUAAGGUUUUUUGUUUUUUUUUUUUCUUUUCUUUUUUUUUCCGGAGCUGGGUACCGAACCCAGGGCCUUGCGCUUGUUAGGCAAUCGCUCUACCUCUGAGCUUAAUCCCCAACCCCCCUUUUUCUCUUAAUAUAAUGAAUUAAGUGCCUAUGAAAGACUGAGGAUAUAGCUUAGUGGCAGUGCAUUUGUCUUUCUUCUAUAGUGCCCUGAAUUCAUUCUCCAGUGCCAUAAGAUGACAAAGAAAUUAAAACUUCCUUAUAAAACUGUGCCUAUUGACCUGGUGAGAUGGCUCAGUGAUAGUGGUGCUUUCUGCCCAGCCUGACAGCUUGAGAUCGUCUUUCCCCCAGGAUCUACGUGGUAGGAGAGAACCAACUCUGACAAGUUGUCCUCAAACACACACACACCUGCACAUGCACACACAAAUAACAUGUAAUUCAAAAAUAGUGCCUAUCCAAAAAUAGAGUUCUUUUGUAUCAUGAAUUAAAGGGGAACCUUAAGUAUAAACAUUCUUAUUAAAACAAAAAAUAAAAAUUGGAUCAUUAUAGACAAAA